AUGGACUCCAGAAGCCAACACGAGGACCUCCUUGAUCAAUUCGAGGAGCUGGCCACCUUCUCCAACGACGAGACCCUCCAGCUGGGCGAAUUCGCCAGCCUGGCCUACCUCGACCGCGACGCCAACCUCGGCGUUGCCUCCUACACCACCGUGAGCCCCUUCGCCACCGACCUCUCGUCCGGCUUUGUGCGCGCCCGCGGUGCCGAGGUCGUGGUGACCUACAAGGGCACCGACACGGCCAGGGACUUCCAGACCGACUUCGACGCCUGGCCCCUCGCCCGCCCCGAGCUCCUGCCUGAGGGCCGCAUCCACGGCGGCUUCCUCAAGGCCUGGGAGAGCACCUGGCCACAGGUGGCCGCCAUUCUCGACUCGCACGCCCACGACCACGGCCUUCAAGUGUCGGACCUCCAGGUCACCGUGUGCGGCCACAGCCUGGGCGCGGCGCAGGCCACCCUCGCGGCGCUUCAGGUGGCGCGCCACCUGGUCCGCUCUGUCGACCAGGUGCGGCUGCCCACGUUCGGGUCGCCGCGCGUUUUCACCUGGGCCGGUGCCGCCUUCUUUGAGCGCAUGGGCCUCGGCGCCCGCACGCUUGUGUGGCGGAGAACAACGCCGACCCGGUGA